AAUUCAAGAUGGAUAUUUUCGUUUAUUAACACUUUUUCAUUUUCUUUAUGUCUGAGAUGGCUUAAAAGGUCAUUGGUGAGCUAGGUUAUGAAAGUAAUUUUUUUAAAAACUAAGCAAUUUUGCUAUAUAUUUUUAUUUCUAGCUCUAUUAUUUAGAUUUAUUUGUGCCAUUUUAAAUGCUGGAGUAGAAUGUAGUAAGAUAUAGCAUUGCAAACUGAUAGAUUUUGGUUUUAGUAUUUCAACAUGGAUGUAUCUCUGGAGACUGCAGAAAUCAUUAGGAGUUUCAUAUCUGUCCAUUCUGUACUUUAUUUCAAAGCUGAGAAUUCAGUUUGAGCCAAUUUAUCUUAAUUUAUUAAAUGUUGUUCUCUGUUUGAACAUUUAUGUCUCCACUUAUAUAUAGGUAGACACGCAUGUUAAAAGUUGUAUAUAAAUGUCUUCAUUCAAGACUUUCUACAUAAUAUAUGUAUUUUAGGAAACCCUGGUUUUGUAAUGAAUCAUCUUUGUGGGUUUCUCAGAAUUACAGCAGAACAGUUGAUAGAGUUGUAUCUGUCUGCAGUUAUUUAAAAAUCUGUGGUCCAGGCUUGUUCUCAUGUUGGAUCUGUUCGUAUGUUAUAUAUUUUUCUGAGGCUCACAACCUGGAGUAGCUUAUUUGUCUGACAGUUGAUGAUAUCUUAUCACAGUUUUCCCAGACUUUAAGAUUAAAAGCUAAACUUUUGCUGUGAAGAUUCAUAGUAUUCCAGAGGAAUGGCUAAAAUAGGGGCCAAUUUAUCUUAAAAAUGUAUGUCCAUAUAAGGAUGUAAUUCUGCCUUUGAAACUAGAUAAACUUUUUCUCCUUUUUGUGUGUGUGUGUGUCUACCAGCACCCCUGAUGUUUCCCAAGCAUGGUUUUGAUUUCUCAUGUCUCUUUUGUACCAUGCUUAUUUUGUAAAGUCUAUUCUUAUCCCAUGCUCUAACUUCAUUAAGAAUUUAUGCUUGAAAAUGUAAAAUUCAUCCUCUUCGUCUGUUCAUUACAUUAGCAUUCCCCUUGCUCCCAGAAUAACUCUUCUUAGCCAACAUCCUACAAAAUAAGCUUUUUGUCUCAGAAAAGCCAUGGUAAAUGCAAGAGCUUUACAAUAUCCUUAACAUUUCAGCUGAGCCUAAGUGUGUUAACCAGGGAAAGAGGAAAAAAGCUGUGCAGUGGAACAUCCUGCACCGGAGAUUUGGGUUGGAGCAGACAACCUGAAUUAUACUGAGAAGCAAAUCAGAUGCCAGAGCUUGUUUUAGAGUUCAGGCUUGAUUUGGUCUUCUGGGUAAUACACUGUGAAACAGGUGACAGCACUCCCUGCCUGCUGCUCACCACGUGUGCCCUGAGCCUGGCAGCACCACAGUGAUCCUUGGCACAGGCUGCUGCCCUGGGAUGUGUGCUGGGGGUUUGUGGUCCUGCAUGGAUGAAGGGAGCCCUUUUUGCUUUUGUGAGCUGGUAAUUGAGAGCUGAGUAACUCAAAGCCCUCUAAUUCACUCACUGAAAUACAGCUCAGUUCCCUCUCUUUGUUGUUUGCUUUGUUCAUUUUACCUUAAUUAUUUGCCUAUAGUCUUGGUUUAGUUUUAGCCAUCCACUGGUACUGCUUCUUCAGUCCUUACUGCCUAUGAAGUCUCUCAGCCACAUUUGCUGCUACUCUUAACCCUGAUUUGUCCUUUAGGCUCUGCAUUGUAGCUUCUCAGUAAAAUGGGGGGAAUAACACCCACUUUUUGAGAUCUGCUUUACUUUGUUGGAAUGGUUAUGGACCAUGUCUGCCAUGGACUGUGUGUUACAGCUCCUUGGGAUAUGGGGACAAACCCCAUAUUACAGGAAUUAGCAGUAGCCUCGUGGUGUUACUCAAGUACAGGGAGUCAGAGGUGGAAACACUGCAAGGAGCUGAAGUGCUGUACUUCUUCAUGGAGAGGCUGCUGCAGGCUGGAGUGGCAGGAGAAGAGAUUAAGCUAUUUUCCUGUUUGCAAAUCCAGUUGCACAGUGAAUUCAUUAAGACUGUAUUACAGGUUAAAAAGGAAGUUUUAAGUGCUUUGGGAUUAAUAAUACAUGACAAAGAUGAGGAAAUGCUGUGGUGGCAAGAGGAGGCUCAAUCUAUGUUUUUUGCUUUGGAUAAAUUUUGGCUGGUGAAGAGGAAGGAGAACCUUUGGAGGAGGAUGUUGGGGUUACAGCAGCACUCUGUGAAGCUGUGUUUGUUGUAAGUAGUACCGAAUGUCCUGAACUGCAUUUUGGAUAAAGCGUUAAAAGAUUUCUGUGUAAACAGGAAGUGACAUUUUCAGAUCUGAUUUUCAGUAUUGUUGUUUUUCAAAUAACAUUUCUCAAUUUUUAUGGCAUUUGAAUCACAUAUGGAGGUUACAUUUGAUUAAAUUGGACAACUGACAUUUGAAUCACACAUGAAGAAGGCUGGGCGAGGGAAAGAAUGCAAGAUCCAGUAACUUAUUUAAAGAGGAUAAUUGACCUUUUCAUGGCAUCUGAGCCCAAUUGUCAAGUCUGUGAGUUUGAAAUUAUGUUAAGCUUAUGUUGUAUCGGAGUAGCUGAACAUCUUACUAGUGUUACUUGGGAAAGAUAGUAUUGCAUGGAAUAUUAACAUACUAAUAAGUGAUAUUUUUGUAAAUAAAAAUGCAAAGAAUAUUUCUUAUUCAAUGCUCAUAGGAUUUGGGGAACAAUUAACCUGUUUCUUAACAUUGCUCACUUACCACUUAUUUAGUAGUACCUUCAUUUAAAAGAUUGUAAUGAUGGAGCUGUAGUUGGCGUCCUCUAUAUCUGAGUGAGUACAAUUUUGUGAGAGUUGUUUUAGAUUGAAAUCAGAGCAGUUGCUUGUGCUUAACUGUGCAGUGAUAUUGCAGUGCAUUAGAUAGCAUUUCAGGCUGUCCUCUAGGAUGGCAACCCCCAUUAGUUCAGUAACUGUGCCCAAUUAAAGUUACAUGAGGAGUUGGCAGCUUCCAUGCAGGUGCAGUGCCUGAUAGCUGCUUCAGUAAAUGUUGCUGAUCCUUUGAAUCAUUAACUAGUGCAGUCAUCAGGAUGUUCCCUGCAUAGGGAACGCACACCAGAGGGAAGUUUAGUUGUUCUUCACCCCCAAAACCCUUGGUCAUCUGCUGUUUGUUUAAUCUCAUACAGAUAUGUCUUUGGGAGCCCUUUUAUACAGGGGCUGCAAUUGAAAUCCAUGGGAACCAUGGUAGUAACAGAGAAUGGCUCUUUAGAUCUGGAGUGGUGCCUUGGUGAUUCCUGCCCCAAAAGGAAGAAAUCUAUGGUUUUAUAACUUAGCAAAUGAUAGAAAAGUGAACCUUGAAGAUACAUUAAACCUCUUAUUUUCUGUCAGACUGUUGCUUAGGAGUCUGGCAAUUGCAGGCGGCUCAAAGACAGUCUGUUCUUCACUUGCUUAGGUCACUGUUCAAAUAAUAAUGAUGCCCCAAAUAGCUCAACACACAUCUCCCAUGCUUUUUUUUUUUUUUAAAGGAACCUUCCUUUUUGUUUUCAAAGCAUAACAACUUUCUCCUUUCUCUCUAUUGCAAGAUCGAAGUUUUCUGCUGGAGUUUUUACACCUUACACACUUGGCUCUCUGUAUGGUGAUACUGAGCAGGUAUCGUCACCUGUGUUAACUUAUGCUUACUUAUAGUGGAAUAAUUUUCUGUGCUCCUUGGGCAUACAAUUUAAAGUUUAAAAUUAGUCAAUAUGCUCUUUAUAGAGAUAGAAUGUGUCUACUUGUGUUGUGACUUCUCCAAAGAUUUUGGCUUUACUAGCAAAAUGACUUUAAUUUCUCCAUAUUUCUAGUGAAUAAUUAAUGGAUUUCAGUCUAAUGACUAUUAAAAAAAGUUAUGUCUCCAAGUAUCAUGUUUUUAUGUGAAGCUUAAUACAAUGUAACCAUGCAAGUGACGGCAUAAUUAGCAGGAGAUAAGUUUUUCCCAGUAGUAUUUCAACUGGUUUCCAUUACAAGUUUUCCUUUACCACAGUGUAACUCGUGAAAUUCAUCUUCAUUUGAAAACUACUGCACUAUUACAUGGUUCGUCCUGGUUGAAGUGUUUAAAAAUAUAAUCAAUACUUUGUGAAAACUUUUCUUGAUACAUAGUCAACUUAAAAUGCAGUCAGUCACAGGAGUUUUGAUCUUUGAGAUAUUCUUUUUCAAAAUUACCUCAUUGAUCUGCUUGGUAUUGCUUCAAACUUUUCAGGGAGUUUGGCUUACUUUUAAAACGACAGAUUUUAUUUAAAAGAAGAUGAUCUUACACCAAGGAAAUUUAUUUAAUGAUAAAUGUAGCUGCUAUUAAAAAAUUCCAGAAAGCAAUGGGUUUCAUGUGGACUGUUUGCCUAAUUGCAUUCUCAUUUAAUGUCAGGCUUAAUUAAUGUCCUACUUUAGUAAUGGUAAAAAUGAGAAAUAGGGAAAGUCGUUGACACUGGCUAUUUAUAACUGUCCAGUGGAUGCAGUGUCAUUAGGAGGGCUCUGGAAACUGUACAUUUGGUUGACAGAGAAAUACUCCAUCAUCACAGGAGCUGCUGAAAUGUUCUGCAGGUGGUCUUUUCAGAGAACAAGUUGGGCAUAAAAAAGGGAAGGUGCAUUAGGAAGAUUGAUGGAGACUAAAUAUCCUGAAAGGCGAGUGGGAGAAUGUUACAAAGGAAGAGGUUUCUUUAGGCUUGGAAUAACUCAGGGUCUGGAAUUCACAAAGAGAUGUUAAUGUUAUUAUGAGUUAAACAAGAUAGAAAACUUGUAACCUAUUUGUAUGAAUGUGCUGUUGACAAGUUCUCUCAUAUACAGAUAUGGUAUAUUUUUGAAUUGGUGAGAAGUUUCUGGUCCAAAUUUUCCAAAAUGUUUUGCUGAUUGUGCAGAGAUAGUAAGGCAGUUCCUUUGAAGGAUUUCAUUUGUCAUUGUAGGUGUGAGAAAAUCCUUCCUAUAUUUGUUGCUGCUAAAGACAAUUCUGCAAAUGUUGACACUGUCAUAUUUUAAGACAUGACUUAUUUUAAAAGCUUUUUCAUGGUUUGUGUUCUUCUGUUUUUAUAGCAAAAACACUGCAUCUCCAAGUGUGGUGUCUUCACAGAUUUUUUGGGUACUGUGAACUUCUCAGGAAUCUCUGGGUACCAAAAUGAGUGCUUUGCAAGCAUUGAUUUGCAGGAUUAGAGUUUGUUACUUCCAUGUGGAACAGGCAUUUUGAAAAGCAGGAAUAUAAAGAGUUAAAAUAAAUUUCUGCUGUUUUUGAACUGGUGUUAUGUAAUUCUCAAAGUGCUUUUUGCAGUUCUUGGGUAAAAGCUUUGUAGAAUUGUGUUAAAUGGUAAUAUGGGUGGAUGGAUGUGUUUCUGAUGAUAGCAAACACCCCAUCCCCUUCCCUGCUUGGGGUGCCCUGUGUUCCCCAGGAGCAGAGAGGAUGGGCAGGGUUUAGCUGGAUUAACAUUGCUGUAGGGCUGUCAGUCACUGAUGCCCAUAGAGAAAUGUUCUCCUAAAAUGGCUUCUCCUUUUUGUGCCCUUCCUGCAAGAGAUGUGAAAGUGCUGCUGCUGAGCACAGUGAUAAUGAGUGAUAUGUCUUCAACUACUGAGCUUUUCAAUCAUUUUUGUAAAAAGCGUGACUAAUACAGAUUUAGGGGUGUUAGCUGAUUGUGAUCUUAUUUGCCAACUAUAAGCAGUCAGGAAUUUAUUUCUGCUGUGAUAGGUUUAUUUUGUUAGUUAACUGAACACUUUUUUUCCACCAUUAUUGCUUAUGAAUUUCAAUUCAUAUUUUAGCUGACAGAGUAAAAUUUUCAUACCAGUUUAAAUUGGAAUUGGAAGGUCAUAUAAUAUCCUGAAUAUAAUUCUAAAAGGCUAGCGCUCAGUUUCUACUUUAUUGGUAUAUGGUAUUAUGUGGGCACAAAAACUAAUGUGUUUAUUCUUUCUCAUCAGUGGCACAGUUUAGUUCAGUUGUACUCUAAAUUAACUUUGUGAAAUCAAACCAGUAUGUGAUGUAGAUUGACUUUGUAAAAACGUUUAAAAGUGGUAGAAAAGAUGGUUCUGUUGUGCAGAAAGUUUAAAAAUCCCAUUUGCCUGUUUUAAAUUUUAGAUGGAAGGGAAUACUUUGGUCAGUCAGAUACUGCAAUUCUUGAUAAAUGUAUGUAUUAAAAAGACGUAAUUAUUUAAUGGAAGAUUGUGAAGACCGUCUAAUUCUUCCAUGAGAUUCUGUGGAGAGCUAAAACAAGUCUAGUGGGAUUUCUUUCUCCCAGACAUUUCUGUGUAUUUUUUGGGGGGCUAUAUUGUGCUUGGAAGGCUGUGCCAGCUGUUGAUUGUCAUCUUUCUCAUGUCUGUGAUAAAAAGCCACUCAAGAAAGCUGAAAUAUGAGAACGUCAUUAGCUUUCCUACUGGCAGAAGUGCUUAAAGAAGCCGCAAUAGAAAGAAAAUAGAUUGCAUACUGAAAUUAAAAAAAAAAAAAAAGAAGGCGGCUCCAGUGAGGUUUUGUUUACACCCCAGAAAAAGCAAAUCAUGGCAAGAGGUUUCUACAGGCACGAAGGGUAAUAGUGAACGUGUGGCUGAUGUGCAAAGGGAGUGUGUGGGAAACCUCUGAUGUGCAUCACACGAGUCCUGCUUGUGUUUUAUUGUCAAAAUUCAGCUGAUUGAGUUGUUUUUGGGCACUAGGUGCUAUAUAGGAGUUUGUGUUUACUGUGACUGACGUGGAUCUGGUGUGGUUGACUUCAGGGGGAGAAUGGAUUUCUGCUUUUAUACUGAUCUUAGGAGGCAUUGGAAGCUUUUUUUUUUUUUUUUUAAAUUUAAAAAUUUGCUUGGGUUACUGAAGAUGAAAGAUGGGAUUCGUUUAAAGGUGAGAGAUUAAUUAGGAAAAAGAAGCAAAAUGCCCCUGAUGUGCCUUAUGUAGUUAGGAAAAGAAGAGCCACCAUGUCAGAAUAAAAACACAAACUAGGCAGUCAGUGGUGCUUUCUGUGCAGACACAGCUUAAACCCCCCUAUGUUAUUCACGACUGCAAACAGUGCCCAGUUAUGGUUUUGAAAACACUGAAAACAUUUUGUUUGUAAUUAGAUGAACACAGAGAGACGUAUAGAAAGCAUGUAUGCUGAGAAUUCAGCAAACUCCAGGUUUAAAGUGCAUAUAUUAGGAAGAGAAUAAAUAUCUCAUUUUGCACUGCCUCCUAAGGUGGAGGGAGGGAGGCAGGGAUGGAGCAGGGAGAAAACAGAGGCAGUGGAAACAGCAGCAAUAUGUACGCUUGCCUGCCUGUCUCACAUUAAUGGAACAGCUUGCAAGGUCUACAGGGAAUUUGCAUUGGCUCUGUCACUGGUAUUAUUUAGUUCCUUAUUUAUUGCUAGUGGCUUGAUUGUGCUGUAUUUUCCCAGCAAUGAAAGCUUUUAAAGAUCAUGUCUGACUCCUUUUGGACAGUGCUGUCCAAUUUCUCUCUGCCUGCUACCAGCAUGUUGAGACGAUCCAAAAGCUGUCGGACAAGCAACAGGAAGAGUUUGAUUGUAACAUCCAGCACAUCUCCAACUCUUCCACGGCCACAUUCCCCUCUCCAUGGACACGCAGGUAGCAGCCCCUUGGACAGUCCCAGGAACUUCUCUCCAAAUGCACCUGCUCAUUUUUCCUUUGUUCCUGCCCGAAGCCAUGGACACAGAGCAGACAGAACGGAUGGACGCCGCUGGUCCUUGGCCUCCCUUCCCUCGUCUGGAUAUGGAACAAACACUCCCAGUUCAACAGUUUCAUCAUCAUGCUCAUCUCAGGAGAAGCUGCACCAGCUGCCCUUUCAGCCCACGGCAGAUGAACUUCAUUUCCUGACAAAGCAUUUCAGUACUGAGAGCAUCACUGAUGAGGAAGGGCGCCAUUCUCCAGCCUUGAGGCCUCGAUCUCGCAGUCUCAGCCCUGGUCGCUCUCCAGUUUCCUUUGACAGUGAAAUAAUAAUGAUGAAUCAUGUGUACAAAGAAAGGUUUCCAAAGGCCACGGCACAGAUGGAAGAACGGCUGGCUGAGUUUAUUGCCUCGAAUGCUCCAGAGAACGUGCUGCAAUUAGCGGAUGGGGUCCUAAGUUUCAUUCAUCAUCAAGUUAUUGAACUGGCCAGAGAUUGCCUAGAUAAAUCACGUGAAGGUCUUAUUACUUCUCGGUACUUUUAUGAGCUGCAGGAAAACUUAGAGAAACUUCUUCAGGAUGCGCACGAGCGCUCCGAGAGCUCCGAGGUUGCCUUCGUCACGCAGCUCGUGAAGAAGCUGAUGAUCAUCAUCGCCCGCCCCGCUCGGCUGCUCGAGUGCCUGGAGUUUGAUCCUGAAGAGUUCUACCAUUUGUUGGAAGCUGCAGAAGGCCAUGCCAAGGAAGGGCAAGGAAUUAAAUGUGACAUUCCUCGUUACAUUAUCAGCCAACUGGGACUCACCAGGGAUCCCCUGGAGGAAAUGGCCCAGUUGAAUAGCUAUGACAGCCCAGACACUCCGGAGACAGAUGAUUCAGUCGAGAGCCGUGGGGCCUCUGUCCAGUCAAAGAAAACUCCGUCUGAAGAAGAGUUUGAAACUAUUAAACUGAUCAGUAAUGGUGCUUAUGGAGCGGUGUAUCUGGUGCGGCACAAGACCACCCGCCAGCGUUUUGCCAUGAAGAAGAUCAACAAACAGAACCUGAUCCUGAGGAACCAGAUCCAGCAGGCCUUUGUGGAGAGAGAUAUCCUGACUUUUGCUGAGAAUCCCUUCGUGGUCAGCAUGUUCUGCUCCUUUGAGACCAAGCGGCACCUGUGCAUGGUUAUGGAGUAUGUGGAAGGAGGUGAUUGUGCUACCCUUCUUAAGAACAUUGGUGCCCUACCUGUUGAUAUGGCGAGGAUGUAUUUUGCCGAGACUGUUCUGGCACUGGAGUACCUACACAAUUAUGGGAUUGUUCACCGUGACCUCAAACCUGAUAAUCUCCUGAUAACGUCAAUGGGUCAUAUUAAACUAACAGAUUUUGGGCUGUCCAAAAUUGGGUUAAUGAGUCUUACAACCAAUCUUUAUGAGGGUCACAUUGAGAAGGAUACCAGGGAAUUCCUGGACAAGCAGGUCUGUGGGACUCCAGAGUACAUUGCACCAGAAGUGAUCCUGCGCCAGGGCUAUGGGAAGCCUGUGGAUUGGUGGGCCAUGGGAGUUAUCCUCUAUGAGUUCCUGGUUGGCUGUGUUCCUUUCUUUGGGGACACACCUGAAGAGCUGUUUGGACAAGUGAUCAGUGAUGAAAUUGCCUGGCCAGAAGGAGAUGAUGCACUGCCACCAGAUGCCCAGGACCUCAUUUCUAAGCUUCUCCGCCAAAAUCCUCUGGAAAGAAUGGGAACAGGUAGUGCCUUUGAAGUGAAGCAGCAUCGGUUCUUUAAAGAUUUGGACUGGAAUGGAUUGCUCCGGCAGAAAGCUGAAUUCAUCCCACAGCUGGAAUCUGAGGAUGACACAAGCUAUUUUGACACCCGUUCAGAACGGUACCAGCACCUGGAUUCAGAAGAAGAGGAGGACACUAAUGAUGAUGAUCACGUGGAAAUUCGGCAGUUCUCCUCGUGCUCGCCCAGGUUCAGCAAGGUGUACAGCAGCAUGGAGAGACUUUCCAUCCACGAGGAGAGGAAGACUCCCCCACCAACCAAGCGGAGCCUGAGUGAGGAGAAGGAUGAUCGGCUGGACAGCCUGGGGGGCUUGAAGAGCCGGGACCGCAGCUGGGUCAUUGGGUCUCCGGAAAUCCUGCGCAAGCGCCUGUCCAUGUCCGAGUCCUCGCACACGGAGAGCGACUCCAGCCCUCCGCUGACGGUGCGGCGCCGCUGCUCGGGGCUCCUGGACAUGCCCCGCUUUGCCAUCUCUGCCGAGGAUGAGGGGGCCACCCUCAAACGUCCCCAGUCCGAGGGGAUGCUCCUGUCCACGGUGCAGGCUCGGGAGGGGCUGCCUGUGCCCAUUCCAGAACAGCCUGUGGAGCACGAGCUGCCGCAGGAAGGGGAUGCUGGAGCCACCACCCCGUCCACGGCCACCGGCAGUGCCCCAACGCUGGCAGCUGGGAGCACUGCAGAUUUCUCUGAUCCACGAGCUCGCAGUAAUAGCAAUGAAGGCCCAGACUUUACCACUCCAAAAGCCAUCAGCGAUUUGGCAGUGCGGCGGGCACGACACAGGUUGCUCUCUGGGGAAUCAGGGGAGAAACGCACCUCGAGACCUGUCAAUAAAGUGAUUAAAUCAGCAUCCGCUACUGCCUUGUCUCUCCUGAUUCCCUCAGAUCACCACACGUGUUCUCCAUUGGCCAGUCCAAUGUCACCUCAUUCUCUCUCCUCCAACCCAUCUUCGAGGGACUCCUCACCCAGCCGCGACUUUUCUCCUGCUAUCGCAAACCUGAAACCACCAAUCAUCAUCCAUCGGGCUGGAAAGAAAUACGGUUUCACUCUGCGCGCCAUUCGCGUCUAUAUGGGUGACAGUGAUAUCUACACUGUGCAUCACAUGGUCUGGCACGUGGAGGAAGGGGGUCCAGCAAACGAAGCAGGUCUGCGGGAAGGGGAUCUGAUCACCCACGUCAACGGGGAGCCGGUGCACGGGCUGGUGCACACCGAGGUGGUGGAGCUGAUUCUGAAGAGUGGAAAUAAAGUGUCCAUCUCCACCACACCAUUUGAGAACACGUCCAUCAAAGUUGGUCCAGCUCGAAAAGCCAGCUACAAAUCCAAGAUGGCUCGCAGGAACAAGAAGAGCAAAACAAAGGAUGGCCAGGAAAGUAAGAAGAAGAGUUCUCUGUUGAGGAAGAUCACCAAACAAGCAUCUCUGCUUCACACCAGCCGGAGUUUAUCAUCCCUGAACCGGUCUCUGUCGUCUGGAGAAAGUGUGCCUGGCUCUCCAACUCACAACCUGUCUCCUCGCUCACCAACCCAGAGCUACAGAUCCACUCCAGAGUCUGUACACUCAGUUGGCGGCAAUUCUUCCCAGAGCAGCUCUCCCAGUUCCAGCGUUCCCAAUUCUCCAGCCAGCUCUGGACACAUCCGACCCAGCUCUCUGCAUGGCCUGGCACCAAAGCUCCAGAGGCAGUACAGGUCUCCAAGGCGUAAAUCUGCAGGAAACAUCCCUCUGUCCCCCCUGGCUCACACUCCAUCACCAACCCCACAGUCCACGUCACCACAGCGCUCCCCAUCUCCUUUGCCAGGACACUCAGUUGGCAGCUCCAGUAUUAUCCAGUCUUUCCCAGUAAAACUACACUCCUCUCCACCACUGGUGAGACAAAUUUCUCGCCCCAAAAGUGCCGAGCCCCCUCGGUCUCCUUUGCUGAAGAGAGUGCAGUCGGCCGAGAAGCUGGCUGCCUCUCUGUCCUCUUCUGAGAAGAAGCUGGGUUCCUCAAGGAAGCAUAGCUUGGAUAUCUCUCACUCUGAGUUCAAGAAGGAGAUGCUACAGCGGGAUCCCAGCCUCCAGAGCUUACAGGAAUCUGCCAACGAAACGACAGGCGGCAAACUCGGGCUGGCAGAAAAAGGGAUGCUGCAGAAGCCGGGCUCACGGAAGCUGGGUGCCAUUCGGCAGGACAGGGUGGAGAGGAGGGAGUCUCUGCAAAAGCAGGAGGCCAUCAGGGAAGUUGAUUCUUCUGAAGAUGAAACAGAUGAUGGUUCAGAAGAUAGUCAGGAUGGGAGAAGGCUGGACAAGCCCCGUGGCAACGGAGACCAAGGCUCAGAUUCUUUUAAUGAGGAUAAUAAGUUUUCAUCUAAAUUGGAAAGUAAGGAUAGUAUUGAAGAUGAUGCCUUUCUACCUGAAGAUCCAAAAGGUACAGAAGAUUUGCAGAAGGGAAAUACUCAACAAGCAAAGCCUGUUUCAGAGCAGCUGCAAAUCAGUGUGCACACCUCCCCACCAGAGCUCCCCUCAAGAACUUCUCCAGAAAAAGUAGCUAAUUCAGAAAAGCCAUUCCUAAAAUCAGAAACAACUGCAAAGGAGCAUAAAUUGCCAGAAGACAAAACUUUGGAGUGUUUUGGUCCAAAAGACAGAUCUUCUGAAGCAAUCAAAGAUCUCGGGAGAACUCCAGGUACUCAAAAACCAGUGGAAUGCACAGAACAUGUGCAGAGCCCGUCAGUCAAACUCCUGGAACUUGAAGAAGGUGAUUCUUCCAGGGCUUCCUGUGGUAAACUUGACUUGAAAGAGCCUGUGCUAACAGAAAGUAGUCAAAAAAAAGAGGAUUCCAAACCUCUGCUGGCACUUUCCUCGUGGUGCACAGCGAACACGAGCACUCCUGUCGCGGUGAGCCCCCCAGACCGCGGUGAGAGUGGUCUCAAGGAGACGCCUCAGCCUGUGGAACAGCACAGCUCCUCAUUUCUGUCUCCUGUGAGCUCCAGUGAAACAUCCCAAAGAAGUCCUAGCCCUGACAAGCAGCAGCAGCCCAGCUCAUCCCAGGCAGAGGGUGCUUUAACCUCCAGCACACCGAGCCCGGCUGGCCCCGUGUCCUCCGCACUCCUCGUCCCCGGUGCCAUCGAGCGCGCGCUCUCCGUGUCCCCGUUAGUGCCCCUGGCACAGAGUGUGCUGGGCCCUUUGAAGCUCAGCAUGUCUGGGUCUGGAGAGGUGGAAACGAGAAAGGAUUUGGGUGCCUCCUGUAAAGAGGAGAGAGAUUUGAAACAAAAAAGGCAGGAGAUUUCACAAGUAGGAGAAUGUCAAGAGAAAGCCAAACCCUCUAGCACAGAUGGUCUGACCACGAGGAGCGGCUCCUGUGCAGAGUCCUUACACCCAGCAAAGCCCUGGGAGGCAGUGGGUGCUGUAGGGGCCAAAAAGGAGGCAGCAUGUCCUGUGGUGGUGAAAAAAGAGGCACCUUUUUGCAGUGCUAAAGCAUCUGAGGGGUUGGCAGGUAGCUGCAAAAUCACUCCGUCGAAAGAGCUGUCUCAUGCUCUUGGACAAGCAGCUCUGAGGGCCUCUCCUCUGCCAGAUGGCAGCACGAGGCCCUGUAAAGAAGGGACUCUGGCACAAGCAAAAAGCAAAGAGGUUGGAAAUCAGUUAAAAAUACAAGACUUUCCCCUGUCACAUGAUGAUGCUGUAAAGAAAACAUAGCAGCAUCGCUGGUACUCAUGGACUGGAGCGUUCUACAUUCAAAAUAGAGACUGCAUGUUUGAAUUUUGUAAUAUACACUAAUAUAAAAUAGAACUUGUGUACAUCUAUUUUUGGGAGGGUUUUUUUCAUACUGUUUUUUGUGUUUUUUCAUCCUUGCUAUUCUAUUUUUGUACACAGUAGUGCUUGCUGUUUGAGGUCUCUUUAGAACAGGGUAUCUUUAAAGCAGGGCUUAAGAAACACUUUGGUUUUAUUUUUUUUUCCCUUUCACACCUUUUAUUUUGCCUGAGUUUAGGGCCUGAUGUGCUCUUCCCUCUAAUUCUGCAUUUAUUUGAGAUCCCAAAAAUUCUGUGUGCAAAAAAGGCAGCUUGUUUUUAAAUUUCUGCUUUUCAGCAUUCUUUUUGAAAUUCCAUUGAAAUUCACAAAUGUCAAGUUUUUGCUCCAGUUUUACAAUCUGAUGUCCCUUGACAAGAAUAAGAACCUACUCUCUUGUCUGCAAGUUAUUCUGAAACUACAGACCCUCUUUGGUGCAAGUAAAAUCUCUUUGUCACCAUGUUCACAGUCCUAUGUCCUUAGAGGAUGUGGAGACAAAGGACUUGGCUGGAGAGACUGGACAGAGAGAAAUCCCUGUCUUCUCUUUGAAACAAGUAAGAAUAUUUUUCAAUGGAAUUUUCGGAAAGAAAAAUCUCCAAUCCAUAAGCUGGCUUUUUUUGGGAUUGUUUUUACUUAUCUGUAUGGGACACAUGGCAAUUUUUCCCUCUGUUUUUAAAAUUUUAGUGAUGUUUUAUCUUCCUUUCUCUGGCUUCAGUUCAUAACUUGCCCUGCCUCCGAGUAAGUGACCCCAGGAAAGGGUUGCCUGUAGGUUGGUUUUAAAGUAGAAAAAUUUGUAGUUGCUUAUUCUCCAGUGUGUCUGGCAAAGUUAUCUCAAUGAAAAACAACCUUUGGGGACUUUUCCUUCUCUUGGUGAGUCUAAAAUAGGUAGGGAUUUUAAGGUGUCCCUUAACAUUUCUGAAUUGGGGUUUGGGAAACUUGCUGAGUUUUCUGAAUCUGCCCGUUGUAAAAACAAACCUAUGAAGAGUUCAGACUCCUCGAGUUCUGUGGUCAAGCUGCAAGCAGACUUCAAAACACAUGUGAUAUUUUCAGAUUUCAGCUUUGAUAGCUAGAUCAUUUCCACUGCUGAGGUCACUUUGCAUUAAAAACUUACUCUUUGCUCCUAGGUUUAGACAUCGCUUUACUUUAAGUGUGACCGACUCUGGGUGACAGUGCUCCUUGCUGAGGAUUAGACCAAUAAUAAUGCACCAGUAAAUGUGUUGAGUGGUGAUACCUGUAGCACUGUAAGCCAUUUCUUCAUACAAUUAAAGGUUCCUCUCAAUGAACACUCCCAUCAUUUGUCCCAGAUUGUGCUCAGCUUGUUAUCCUAGUCUUGUCUGAGUGGAUCUCCCUGCGGGUCACCCGUGAGGGAUAGUGCCCUGCUCACUGGCUUACUCUGUUAGAAGUAGAAUGACUGCAACAGUAUUCCAGGCUAAACCCCAUCUCUGUUGGUCUGAUUUCCUUACACUGCUGCUUCCUUCACUGUCUUGGCUUUCUCUGAACUUGAAGUUUUGAUUUGCUUCCCCUAAAUGCAGAUGUUUAUUAUAUAGGAAUAUAUCUUAUCCAUCUCUUUCAACCUGAUUUCAGUACAACCCACAACUCAAAAAAAUCUCUGGAAUCUAACCCUGUUUCUUUUUGUGUAGCAAUUGCUUCCCCCCCAUUAUAUACUUGAUUUUGGCUGCUUGGAUUUCAUUUCUGGACCAAGUUUUGGUUUGGUUUGAGGUUUUUUUUUUUUUUUUUUUUUGACAUGUUUAAAUGAGUGUUUACUCCGUGUGUCAGUGUGAACAUGUAUGGUGUUGCUACUACACUAACCAAAGCCUCAGCACUCCCAGGUAACACCCUAAUAAACCUAGCUGUGGUGGUAUUGAGAGCAGAGCCUGCUGUGCUGUCUCUCUGCUCUUUUUCCUGGAAUUCAUAGGCUGCUCGUUUACACUUGGUUUGCAAUUACAAACCACAGCAUUUCCACUGCCUUGUCAGGGUCCUGGGUGUCUCCAGCCUCUCCAAGUGCUCUUGGUGGUGAGCGUCAUUCAGUGCUGAUGUAGAGCAAUAGCAAGUAAGGAACAGACUUGGCAGGAUCUGGUACUUCUCUGGCUGGUUUUCUCCCUGAUGGGUUGAUCUACUGAAAACUUGUUGAGAAACAGCGCAGGAUAUUAUGGCAUGGACAGGAAGAGUGAAAAGUGGAUUUGGCAUCCUGAGUCCGUGGUAAUUACAAAGACAAGCUUCCUUGUCAGCUGAUCUCCUGAGAGCACCUGACCUUGGCGAGAUUGAAGUGUCUGUGUAAAUUAUGGAGUUGUGUGAGGACGUGGCUGUUCCCUGGGUGGAAGGUCCCCCUUUUCCUUCUGUGUUUAAAACACUUGAGGAGAAAACUGACCACUGCUCCUAGGAGGUGAGCACAGGGUGUGAGCCAGGCUGGGUAACCUGGUUCAUCCCCCACUGGCUGGACCCUGUGAUGGUACCAGCUGUGAGCUGCUGACUCCCUGCCUUUGCAGCCUGCACUUCCCAUGCUGAAUUGCAGAAUUAUCCUUUCCUAGGCAUAAAAAGAGGAGUGAAACCCCUUGCUAUGUCACAGCUUUUGCUGCUUUUGCCUGUGUUGGCCAAAGAAGAGGUGAGGUAUGUGUUUUGUUGCCUCUUUUGUAGCUACGGUACAGAGUGGUCAGUGCAAUUAAAAAUCCCUGGUUUUUUGGAAGCCAAAGCCAAACAACGUUGCCAGGAAAGCAUUUUAGUGAAGCCCUGUAUCCCCCGCUCUUGGUCAGUCCUGCAGUUUCCCUCUGUGUGCCAGGUGCCCCAUUAUCCCUGUUCUUCCUACUGUCAAAUUUACACGGCUUACUUCAGCAAAGAGUUUGAGCAAAAAGAUUUUUUCCAUUAAAUCUUGAUAUUAAGCCAGGUAGAUACACCAAGACCUACUCCUUGCUCUGCUACGAAUUCCUCAAAUACUUUCUCAAAUAAAAGCUUGCAAAAUGUGUUGGGAAGGAACAGGAUGUUGGAAAGGCUGUGUCUGAGGGGCAGACCCGUGGUACCCAAGGGAAGCCCCUUGGUGUCCGUGGGCAAUCCCGAGUCAGGCAGGCACAAGGUGGAAGUCAGGAGUGUGAGGUGUGUGUUUGGUGAAUGAGCCCUGCAUGUCACCAUCCAAAUAUGCUGCUUUCCUGCUUUGUUUCCCUCUUCCCUUCUGUCAGCUUGGGUGUGUCUCCUGCUCCUCAUCCAUGUUGGGAUGGCAGUGUCUUGAGCUGGUUCAGUCUCUGCAGCUCCUCUCUGCUCCUGCAUCCAGCUGGCACAUCCCUGCCCCAUGCCUCAGUGUUAUUUUUCCCUUUGUCUCUUACUGUUGCAAACUAAGAGAAAUGGAUGAUAUUUAUUGUAAAUAUUAGACUUUAGCAUUGUACUGGCCACUCCCAGGUCCGAAUGUUGGAGGCCUUUGGCUGCUGCUGUCCUAAAGAGCGCUUGUGGGGGAAGGGGUAGGAGUGACCUGUGGGUUUGUUUGCCACACUUGCAUUAAGGUGUGAUUUGGAGUAUUUUUUUUUUUAAUUUCUUUUUUCUUCCGAAGAGGGGAGGAUAAAGUCUUUCUCUGGUUUUCUCUUACUGGAUGUGAAGGAUAAUUCUGUACUUCUAGUAGAAGAUUUGACAGAAGUGUGUGUUUACGUUGUGUUUGAUUACCAUAUCCAGGUGGCUGUGAGAGCACCUCCUGCGCUGGGCUCUGCCAAGCUGUGUCACUCAGCACUUAGCUAGAUAAGAGAAAGUGUGGAAUUUCUGUGUUUUUAGAAACUUGAACAAUUGCCACAUAAUAGCGGUGCAAUAAUUUUUAUUCAUGUUGUACCUGCAUGUCGAUGUUCAAAUCCUCCUCCAAAAUAAAUAAUUUUUUUUUUUUACAUAAA